AAUCCUAGUGUGACUAGGGGCCAGACAGGAGGCUGAAGACAGUGAGUGUGCAACUGUAUUUAGUACUUUGACCUGUAGCUGAAACAGACCAGCUAACAUUUUGUGCACUGGAUAUAACCAGAGGAAGGAUUUGAUUUCACUAUACAAGAUAAGCAAUGUUGAAGCUCUUGAUGCUGGCCGCCAUCACAGCGCUCCUCCUGCUGGCGGAAGGGGGAAUGUCGGCGAGGACUCAGUCCCGCACUAAGAGAGAACUGGCCAACCCAUUGCACCUCAGGGGAAUCCGGGACCCCUUUGGCUCCUACUGCCAGAGGAGAGGAGGAUGCUGCCCCGGCCGAAAUGACCAGUGCACUGUGCCGUACCUGGACACCAUCUGUUACUGCGACUUGUUCUGCAACCGCACCGUGUCCGACUGUUGUCCUGACUUCUGGAGCCACUGCUUGGGAACAACUCCUCCAUACCCUCCCAGUUCUUGUGAAAGGAACGGCCAGAGGUUUCACUCAGGAGCAACAUAUAAAGAGAACUGUAAUUUAUGUACAUGUGGUCAAAAUGGGCGCUGGGAAUGUGAGCAUCAUGCCUGUCUGAUAGAGGAUGACAUGAUCCAGGAAAUCAACAGGAGAAGCUAUGGUUGGAGGGCCGCAAACUACAGUCAGUUCUGGGGUAUGACGCUAGACGAGGGUCUGCGGUAUCGUCUGGGCACACAACGCCCCUCACGGACCAUUAUGAACAUGAAUGAGAUCCAGAUGAAUAUGAACGGAAACGAUCAUCUGCCAAGUUACUUUAACGCAGUAGACAAAUGGCCAGGGAAAAUCCACGAGCCCUUGGACCAGGGGAACUGCAAUGCAUCCUGGGCUUUCUCAACUGCAGCUGUUGCAUCAGACCGGAUCUCUAUUCAGUCAAUGGGUCACAUGACCCCUCAGCUCUCACCUCAGAAUCUGAUUUCCUGUGACACACGCCAUCAGGGCGGCUGCUCCGGUGGGCGUAUCGAUGGGGCCUGGUGGUACCUGAGGAGAAGAGGGGUUGUGACAGAGGAGUGUUACCCCUUCUCUUCACCCCAGCAAACUCCUGCCGAAGUGUCUCGCUGUAUGAUGCAAAGUCGAGCGGUGGGCCGGGGAAAGAGGCAGGCCACAGCGCACUGUCCCAACAGCCACAGCUACCACAAUGAUAUCUACCAGUCAACCCCACCAUACAGAUUGUCCUCCAGUGAGAAUGAGAUUAUGAAGGAGAUUAUGGAUAAUGGCCCCGUGCAAGCCAUCAUGGACGUCCAUGAGGAUUUCUUUGUGUACAAGAGUGGAAUUUACCGGCAUACAGAUGUCAAUCACCACAAACCGUCAGAGUACCGCAAACACGGAACACACUCGGUCAGGAUAACAGGAUGGGGUGAGGAAAGAGAUUACAGCGGCAGAACGCACAAAUACUGGAUUGCAGCCAACUCAUGGGGCAAGAACUGGGGCGAGGACGGUUACUUCCGAAUCGCCCGUGGUGUAAACGAGUGCGAGAUCGAGACCUUCGUGAUCGGCGUGUGGGGCAGAGUCACCAUGGAAGACAUGCACAACCAUCACGGACGCCGCAAGUAGAGAUCUGCAGUGUAUGAUUUAAACCACAAACUCAGUCAGGUCUUUUGCAUGUUUGUUGGUUCUCUUCAUGCCACACCAUAAAAAGUGGUGUCCACUGCCCCCCUCUGUCCAAACACACAUCUCUAAUGUGUAAAAACUCCAGUUAUAUCGUCUUAUUGGUGGAAACCGGCUUGUUACACUCCUUGACUGGACCUCAAAAAACAGCCACAGCCACAGCCACAGGACUCCGAUGCACUCAGGACUCAGUAUCCAAAGACACACUUCACAGGCACACAUAUGCGCUCAGCAUCACAAUGUAACUAUCUCAAAUGUCUAAUAUAGUAAUAUAUUAGGAUGUGUCUUUUGUUUUGUGUCUUUUUCUUAUGUUCGGGAAUCAUUACAUACCGAAGCAGAAAGUCAGACAGCACUCCAUAGGUUAUGCUAAAAGGUUAGAGGAACAGAGGAACAGAGGAACACCAGGAUGGCGGAAGAAGAAGGUUUUAGGACCAAUAAUUUAUUCCAAAAAUAGCCCAGAACAGAUUUAUGACAGUUCUCUGCAUUCCGUUAAGAUUAAGGUUGUUUAAAAUCACUUUAAAGCAUUUUAACCCACUCCAGUCCUUGUUGCAAAGUCUGAUUCUGUUCAGAUACCUGUUAAAUAAAGUUAAAGGAAGUAAGGAACAGCUGUUCCUUUGCUCUCAUUUUAAAAUAUAACAAGAAGAAAACCAAAAUAAAUGUUUUUUACGCUACGAGACCAAAAAAAUGGACAUCAGUUACUGCAGUUUUAAUCCAAUCCAUAAGAAUUUAAAGGCUGGAAGUGUUUGGUCAUGUAACCUGGAGCUUAAAGUGACUUUAAGGGCACAUAUACAAAGGCAAAGACACCUGUUUAUCAUCAGGAUCAACCUUUGGUUGAAACUGUUAUAGUGUGUUGGUUAUGUUUCGCUGGGAAAAAAAAAAAAAUAUAUAUAUAUAUAUAUAUAUAAAUACCAUUAAAAUCUGCUCAAGUCUUAAGCUAUUGUACUCUGUGAACUAAUAAGAUUGUACACAAAUAUUGACAUAAACCUUAUUUUUUUGUUCUCGUGUCUGUUUUGUUGAAUUAUUUAAUUGAUUACUAUUACCAUUAGUAUUUUAAAAAAAUAUUUCUUUGCUUUUCAUUUACAUAAAAAAGAAAAAACGUAAAAAAUGAGAUUUUAUAAGUGUAUUACAGGGGCGAAAGUGCACAUGGGGUUGGGUUCAGUGCUGAAUUACUACUGUCUCGCUAUAUACAGUUAAGGUCAAAAGUUUACAUACACCUUGCAGAAACUGCAAAAUGUUACUUAUUUUACCCAAAAAAGAGGGAUCAUACAAAAUGCAUGUUAUUUUUUAUUAAGUACUGACCUGAAUAAGAUAUUUCACGUAAAAGAUGUUUACAUAUAAUAAAUAUGUAAAAAAUAUAGAAAAUAAUAGUUCAAAGUUUACUUACACUUGAUUCUUAAUACUGUGUUGUUACCUGAAUAAUCCACAGCUGUGUUUUUGUUGUUUAAUAGUUGUUCAUGAGUCUCUUGUCUGUCUUGAACAGUUAAACUGCCUGCUGUUCUUCAGAAAAAUCCUUCAGGUCCCACAAAUUCUUUGGUUUUUCAGCUGUUUAGUGUAUUCGAACCCUUUCCAACAAUGACUGUAUGAUUUUGAGAUCCAUAUUUUCACACUGAGGACAACUGAGGAACUCAUAUGCUCACUGAUGCAUCAAUGGGAAAUACGAUCCAUUAAGAGCCGGGGUGAAAACUUUUUGAAUUUGAAGAUUAGAGUAAAUUUGACUUAUUUUGUCUUCUGGCAAACAAGCAUCUUCUGUAGCUUCUGAAGGGCAGUACUAAAUGAAAAAAAUAUGAUAUUUAGGCAAAAUAAGAAAAAUGUACACAUUUUUUUCAUUCGGUUCAAAAGUUUUCACCCCGGGGUGAAAACCGGUGAAAAGGUAAAUAAAUCUCAAAAUCAUACAGUCAUUGCUGGAAAGGGUUCAAAUACACAAAAAUGCUGAAAAAUCAAAGAAUUUGUGGGACCUGAAGGAUUUUUCUGAAGAACAGUGGGCAGUUUAACUCAUGACAAGACACCAGACAAACAAAGGACUCAUGAACUUAAAAAAAAAAUGAACGUAUUAAGAAUCAAGUGUAUGUAAACUUUUGAACGGUUUCAUUAUUUUCUCUUGUGGACUGUAUGUAAACGUCUUUUAUGUGAAAUAUCUUAUUCAGGUCAGUGCUAAAUAAAAAACAUGCAUUUUCUAUGAUCCCUCUUAUUUUGGUCAAAUAAUUAACAUUUUGCAGAUUCUGCAAGGUGUAUGUAAACUUUUGACUUCAAAUGUAAAUCAGGCGAAACUUCAAUAUUACAAGAUAUCAUAGAGCAUGUUUGCUUCUCGAAUAUCCAUUUACAUAUAUAUGGAGAUCAAUGUGCGUUAAUAAGCGUGAGACAGCUUAUUGCUCGCGGACUAUAAUAUCGUGCAUGCGCCAGAGCUCCGAGCAACCCCAUCUGCUGACUUUGAUAAUGAUAACGUCAUUAUUAUGGUGACAUGACUAAUUCAAAAGCCUUAUGACAGGCAUCUGAUUCGGCAAUACACACUUAAAGACUAAGACAGGGGGUCUUUCAGUGUAAAUUCAGCAACAGAUACUAGAUUCUGGCCACCGGUGAAAUGUUCUCUAUUAGUCAUGCAAGAAGUUUAUAUUAAGAUAAAGCAGGUAUAUGAAGCCAGAUGAGUCCAGCAUAUGGGCUCAUGUCAUGAAUAUUCAGUGUCUUAAUAUUGGCAGAUUUUACAUUACGGUUCAUAUUAUACUCUGAUUUGAGCCAAGCUGGAUUGUUCUCAUUUUAGACAUUAUUCAGUUCUGUCUUCCAGUUCUGUAAUUAUGAAUUAAUACUGUGUUAUUUAAGAACAAAGUCUGUUCGUAAAUCGCUGGUUACUACUGUGCAAUGUUAUCAUGUUUUUUUUUCUCGUCUUGUCUGUACACAAUGCAAACCACUGUAGUGUUCACCUGUGUGACGCAAUAAAAGUCCUACAGCCAA